UUUCUCCAAAUGCUUUAAAAAAAACUCACCUCAUCAAACUUCACCACAUUACACCCCCUCACUAUUUUCUCCUGAUAGUUUUAUCUUCAAACUAUUUCCCCACUCUCUCUCAUCACAUGGAGUCGCGAGUGCUGUCACGCACAGCCGCAAUCGCCGCCCUGCCGAAGCUUUUUCGGCCGGUGAGAGAGACCGCCACUUUUGGUGUUGCCACCGGAGUUAAAGCGCCGGUUGGAUUAGUUAAGGAUGGUGCUAAUUUAAUAUGGGGCAGGCAACUUAGGCCUGUCUUAUUACUCGAUCCAGUUCAGUCUAGUCCGAUUUGUAGUAGAAAAGAAAAAACUACGGUCCAACCGUGUCGUGCCGCAAGUGGUUCUUCCGGGGAAGCUAAAGUUGGGUUUUUGGAGAAAUAUCCGGCUCUUGUCACUGGAUUUUUCUUUUUCAUGUGGUACUUCUUGAACGUGAUAUUCAACAUACUUAACAAGAAGAUCUACAACUACUUCCCAUAUCCUUACUUCGUGUCGGUCAUUCAUUUGUUUGUUGGAGUGGUGUACUGUUUGAUAAGCUGGACUGUGGGCCUUCCUAAACGUGCUCCUAUUGACGGUACCCUCCUGAAGUUGCUGAUUCCAGUGGCAGUAUGUCAUGCAUUAGGCCAUGUUACCAGCAAUGUCUCUUUUGCUGCUGUUGCUGUCUCUUUUACCCACACAGUUAAAGCCCUGGAGCCCUUCUUCAAUGCUGCUGCUUCUCAAUUCAUUCUUGGACAGCCUAUUCCCAUUACACUCUGGCUCUCCCUCGCUCCUGUUGUGAUUGGUGUUUCCAUGGCUUCUCUGACUGAGUUAUCAUUCAACUGGUUGGGUUUUAUCAGCGCUAUGAUUUCAAAUAUUUCCUUCACCUACAGGAGUAUCUACUCAAAGAAAGCCAUGACUGACAUGGACAGUACUAAUAUCUAUGCCUACAUUUCUAUAAUCGCGCUGUUUGUUUGCCUGCCACCUGCGAUUAUUGUUGAGGGUCCUCAACUCAUCAAGCAUGGUUUCAAUGAUGCCAUUACGAAAGUGGGGCUAACCAAAUUCGUAUCUGACCUCUUCUGGGUGGGAAUGUUUUACCAUCUCUACAACCAGUUAGCUACCAACACCUUAGAGAGGGUAGCACCACUUACCCAUGCAGUUGGCAAUGUUUUGAAACGAGUGUUUGUCAUUGGAUUUUCGAUCAUCAUCUUUGGCAACAAGAUUUCAACACAAACAGCCAUUGGAACAAGCAUUGCUAUUGCCGGUGUAGCCAUCUAUUCGUUCAUUAAGGCCAAAAUGGAAGAAGAGAAACGACAAAUGAAGGCUGCUUGAGUAGAAACACUCGGUCGAAUGCUGCAUUUGCUUGGAAGGAACUUUGCUGUAGAUUUGGAUAAUUUUCCUUCCUGAAAAGAAGAACAACAAAAAUGUUGUAAAAUUUAUUUUUUCGUGUCAAUUUAUUCAAUUUGGAGAAUGAACCAUUGUCAAUCUGUAAUCUUCUUGUAUUUUAUAAUAAGUAAUACUGUACUAUCUUUGUCCCCUCAAACUCAGAGGCAAAUGUCUGAAUUGGCAUUAAUAGGAGAAGAUUGUUUUGAUGA